GCAAAAGCAGAGGCUUAAGGAGCUACUGGGGGGAGAGUGGGAGCAAGCAGGCCAAGGCCUGGCUGGGGGUUGGGGGAGGACACAUGGAGCGGUCCCACUCCCACUCCCAGCAGCAUGGGGGUGAGCAAAGCUGGUGGGGCAGUGCUCCCCAGUACCAGUACAUGCCCUUUGAACAUUGUACCAGCUAUGGACUGCCCUCAGAGAAUGGGGGCCUUCAGCACCGGCCCCGAAAGGACAUGGGUCCCAGGCACAAUGCCCACCCAACACAGAUAUAUGGCCAUCACAAAGAAAAAUAUUCAUGUAAGGAACAAGACAAGGGGAUGCCCAAGAAGACAGGCUCCAGUUCUACUGUGGACACCUUGGAUGAGGACCACUAUUCUAAAUGUCAAGAUUGUGUCCACCGCCUGGGAUGCGUGGUCAGAAGGAAGCUGGGGGAAGACUGGAUCUUUCUUGUGCUCCUGGGCCUACUGAUGGCUCUAGUCAGCUGGUGUAUGGACUACGUCAGUGCCAAGAGCCUUCAGGCCUACAAGUGGACCUAUGCCCAGAUGCAGCCCAGCCUUCCUCUGCAGUACCUGGCCUGGGUCACCUUCCCGCUUAUCCUCAUCCUCUUCAGUGCGCUCUUUUGCCAGCUCAUCUCUCCCCAGGCUGUGGGCUCUGGAAUCCCUGAGAUGAAGACAAUUCUCCGUGGUGUUGUCUUGAAGGAGUACCUCACACUCAAGGCCUUUGUAGCCAAGGUGGUGGCCUUGACAGCUGGCCUGGGCAGUGGCAUCCCUGUGGGGAAAGAGGGUCCCUUUGUUCACAUUGCCAGCAUCUGUGCUGCUGUCCUGAGCAAGUUUAUGUCCGUGUUCUGUGGUGUCUAUGAGCAGCCAUACUAUUACACUGACAUCCUGACAGUGGGCUGUGCCGUGGGGGUCGGCUGCUGUUUUGGAACACCACUUGGAGGAGUGCUGUUCAGCAUCGAGGUCACCUCUACCUACUUUGCUGUUCGGAAUUACUGGCGAGGAUUCUUUGCAGCCACAUUCAGUGCCUUUGUGUUCCGUGUCUUGGCGGUGUGGAACAAGGAUGCUGUCACCAUUACCGCUCUGUUCAGAACUAAUUUCCGAAUGGAUUUCCCUUUUGACCUGAAGGAACUUCCAGCUUUUGCUGUCAUUGGGAUCUGCUGCGGGUUCUUGGGAGCUGUUUUCGUUUAUCUGCAUCGCCAAGUCAUGCUCGGUGUCCGAAAGCACAAGGCUCUCAGCCAGUUUCUUGCCAAGCACCGCCUGCUGUAUCCUGGAAUUGUUACCCUUGUCAUCGCCUCACUCACCUUUCCACCAGGAAUGGGUCAAUUCAUGGCGGGAGAGCUGAUGCCCCGUGAAGCCAUCAGUACCUUGUUUGACAAUAAUACCUGGGUAAAGCACAUAGGUGACCCCCAAAGCCUGGGCCAGUCAGCUGUGUGGAUUCACCCCCAGGUCAACGUGGUCAUCAUCAUCCUUCUCUUCUUCAUCAUGAAGUUUUGGAUGUCCAUUGUGGCCACCACUAUGCCCAUACCUUGUGGAGGCUUCAUGCCUGUUUUUGUGCUAGGAGCUGCAUUUGGAAGGCUGGUAGGAGAGAUCAUGGCCAUGUUGUUCCCUGAGGGUAUCUUAUUUGAUGACUUCCUCUACAAGAUCUUACCUGGGGGCUAUGCAGUAAUUGGAGCAGCAGCUCUGACAGGGGCUGUCUCGCACACAGUCUCCACAGCUGUGAUUUGCUUCGAAUUAACCGGUCAGAUUGCUCACAUCCUGCCCAUGAUGGUGGCUGUUAUCUUGGCCAACAUGGUGGCUCAGAGUCUGCAGCCCUCUCUCUAUGACAGCAUCAUCCAGGUCAAGAAGCUUCCCUAUUUGCCAGACCUUGGUUGGAACCAGCUCAGCAAAUUUACAAUCUUUGUUGAGGACAUCAUGGUACGUGAUGUGAAGUUUGUUUCAGCUUCUUGCACAUAUGGGGAACUAAGAAACCUACUCCAGACCACCACAGUCAAGACUUUACCAUUGGUUGAUUCCAAAGAUUCAAUGAUCUUGCUGGGCUCCGUGGAACGCUCAGAACUGCAGUCCCUCCUACAGCGCCACCUGUGUGCAGAGCGAAGGUUGAGGGCUGCCCAGGACAUGGCUCGCAAGUUAUCAGAGCUGCCCUUUGAUGGCAAAGCACGGCUGGCUGGAGAAUGGUACCCUGGCGGUCGACCCGAGUCCUUCGCCUUUGUGGAUGAGGAUGAAGAGGAGGACCUCUCCAGGAAGACGGAGCUUCCACUGUCUCCUCCUCCUCCACCUCCUCUCUUUCCUACUGUUCCAUCAUACCCUGAAGAACCUAAUGGGCCACUGCCCAACCACAAACAGCCACCUGAAGCCCCAGACCCCGCAGGUCAAAGAUCAUCCAUCUUCCGGUGCCUGCUGCGCUGCUUACUGGGCAGAGCUCACUCUACAAAGAAGAAAAUAGCCCAGGAUUCAACAGACUUGGUGGAUAACAUGUCACCUGAAGAGAUUGAGGCCUGGGAGCAGGAGCAGCUGCGCCAGCCUGUGUGCUUUGAUUGCUGCUGUAUUGACCAGUCUCCCUUCCAGCUGGUGGAGCAGACCACGCUGCACAAGACUCAUACACUCUUCUCACUUCUUGGCCUCCAUCUUGCCUAUGUGACCAGCAUGGGGAAGCUCAGAGGUGUCUUGGCACUAGAAGAGCUACAGAAAGCUAUUGAGGGCCACACCAAAUCUGGCGUGCAGCUCCGCCCUCCUCUUGCCAGCUUCCGGAAUACAACUUCAAUUCGGAAGAGUCCAGGGGGGCCACCCCCUCCUGCGGAGGGCUGGAGUCUGCCUGAGGGUGGAAAUGGGGCUCCUGGAGCAGAAGUCAUGGUUCCUCCCAUGCCAGAAACUCCUGUACCACCACCAACUCCUGAGGUCCCUCACUGUGUGGCCCCAGCUAGAGCAGAGGGUGAGCUGGAGGAGCUGGAGAUGGUGGGAAGUCCAGGACCUGAGGAGGACCUGGCUGACAUUUUGCAUGGCCCCAGCCUUCGGUCCACUGAUGAGGAAGAUGAAGAUGAGCUGAUCCUGUGAAUAACCUCCUCCAAGCUUUCUUCAUAAAAACCAUGGGGCCCAUGCCAGGAAGUGGGCUUGUGUGUCACAGGGGUGCCUUGAAGUUGAGGAGGCUCCCACUUCAUGUUGUUUCUACCCCUACUGUGAAGGUGAUGGUGAUGGUUUUAAGGAGAACUUGGCCUUGAGCAGGGAAGAAUUUGGGUCCAUCAGACCUCUUCCCCCAUUUCCAGGCAGGGUUCAAGGCCCCAAGCUUGGAAGAUCCCUGUGUUUUCCUGCUGUGCAGGUUCAGUCCCCAUCAGUCUUUAACCUCCCACAGUUCCCAGUGUUGUUCAGCUGCCAUCCUGGCCUGCCUGUCUAGGUUUUGGUUUCCACAUAGAAUAGGUAAGCGGAGGCUCAGAUGGAUUGACUCUGCAAGUGCCACGUUGGAAGGGAUGUGGGACCACAAUAUUGCCCUGCAGACUGACCACCUGACAAUGUGCACCUCAACCCGCCAGCCCUACCAUCUUCAUAUCGGCUCCCCACAAUCUGUUUCCAGACCUAGUCAUUGCUGCCGCUGCCUGUCCCCGGCCAGGCCGAUGUUCAGGGCUGAAAGAGCCAACCCUUGCUUCCAGGAAACCAAGUGCAGUUCCCUGGAAAAGAGGUUGGCAGAGGCUCUGUGUGGAGAGGCAGGUGUCAUGGCCCAGUGCAUGUGUCUGACCCUGCAGCAAAAGGCCUUCCUAUGCCUCAGUCUCCCGGCCUCGUUCCAGGUCACCCCUAGAACAUGCAUAUUCCCUCUCGUCCGCCGCAAUGGCUGGCGUAGCUGCCAAGAGCCAUCUCUGCCUGGGAGCCACCCUUCCGGAGCUCCUCCCUGAGCACCAGUAAGGCUCUCAUCCAGCAGUGGGUCAUGCAGAUUCCAGUCCUUUAUAAUAGCUCCUCGGGAUCUUCUGGCAUCGACGUGGGGGUGCCCUGGGGGUGGCAAGCUUUAGUUUGCCCCAUCCUUAGAGGACUCCCAUCUUUUUCCUUCCAAACCAGGCAGGAGGUUGACAGCUGUCCUGCACAGCAUCAGCCUGCUUCACCUAGAAAGAGAGGCCACGUGCUCUGAGCAUCCAGACGCCCAGCUCCGCUCAUGGGCUCUUUUCCUUCCCUCUCUGUGUGCCUUUAGUUUGGCAGUUGAGCCCUCGGACAUUCUCCUUCUGCCCCUCCCCCUUGCCCAGGUCUGUUCUGUCCCCCCAAAUAAGACACUCGUAGUCAGAGGAUGCCACCACAUUCUGUUUAGUGUCAUUGAACACAGCCUCUGGCCUUCUCCAACAUGGGUUCCCUCCACCUUCCCAGGCCAAGAAAGACACUGAGGCCUAGGUAGGAGAAUUAGCAAGGGGCAUCCAAGCCCAUGCCCAUGUGUAUAUAAUCUAUAAUACUUAUAUAUAUUUAUAUAGAAUUCUCUCUGUAAUAUAUGUCAUAGAAUCCUUCCUGGGCUUGGGGUGAGUUUCACAUUAAGAAAACAUGCUAAGACUGACCAUAAAAAUGGGUAUGUCUCAGACCUGGAAGACAGAGUGUGGGAUAUAAAGGGUUAAGAACUCAUCCUUCAAGAUUCCCUCCUUAACACAAGGAAAAGAAGGGAGGUGUGUGAACUGGGGGAGGGCAAUGGAAGGGAAGGAAUGGAAGGUUUGGAUUUUCAUUUAAUAAAGUCAAUUGAAAAUUAAAGUGUACCCCCCCCUAAAAAAAUCAUUCCGCAAGAGCAGUUCCAUUCACAAGAAUAUAAAAAACAGCCCUGCUCCCCAGCUGCUGUAAAACGUGCUGCACAGCCUUUAACCCCAAAGGAAAAGCAACCCUUCCCACCCACCCCUAACAGCCUCUUCCUGAACAUGCCCCACCCCUCCCCUUAAAGUAGGCUAGAAGCAAACCCCCAUGCACCCUGCCCCCAGCACCAGAGAGGUGGUCCCUCCCUCCAAAAAAGUUCAAAAUGGUCCUGGGCCAGCUCCUUGAGUCUUCUCUCUUCAGAGUGGGGUGGGGCUCAUCUGCCUUUGUGGCAGUCUGCCAGCAGCCUGGGGAAACCAAGCCCUGCUCAGGUAGAAACCCUACUAAGUUCCUUCAGGUCCUUUGUAGUCUUUCAUAGGGGACCAUUUGGCUUCCUUGAGGAACGGAAGGAGGAAGGAAAGCUGUUUUUGUUUAGUCUUCCUAACUCUCCAGGGCCCUGAGCAAAAGGGGAUCAAUGUGAAUAAACCUGCUCACUGGACUCGAUGUCCACCGUCACCUCGGGGAAGACUGCGGGGGCACUGAGAUGAGACAAACACGUUGAUAGAGCAGGAUAGACAAGGCAGAGAGACCCUGGGAGUAGUUUAGCUUGAACAUGCAAAUUCCCAGGGAGCUAGGACAGGAGACCAGGGGUUAGGGGCAGUUGCCAGGGUUGGCAGGCUAGCCCUUCCUAGUCCUAGAAAUGAGGUCCUGAUAGGCUAAGCCACAACACACUGGCACACACGAGGUAUCCUCUCCCAUUCAGGCAGCGUCAGAUGGGCUAAGUGACUGUUCACCUCUCUUGGCUCUCCGGGUCUACUCCCAUGUUUCCUACAUGAACAGAGCCGGGGAUCCCAUGCUUCCCCCUCCCCUGGAGGAUGUGGGACACCGACUCUGGUUACACGUCGGUGUAUGAAUGAGGUGCAGGACAGAGUCACGGAAGAACAGAAUCACUCCAGCUCUGAGUCUCAUCGUUCCUGUGGGUGAGGGAGUAGUUGAGGACCCCUGACAGUUAGAGUAGGACACAAAGCCUUGGAACUGGAGCCAUGGACAGACAGGAGGCAGAAGAAAAACGGGGCGACAAGCUUGGGCAUCUCCUAUCGAAACUCUGUUUGUGCCAAGGGCCAGACUGAGUCUGCGGCUGCUCCAGCACCCUCAUAGCAAUACUGUACCGACUUGCUGCUGUUCCCUGUCCUCAUGGUCCACUCCAAUGGCAAAGGAGGUGUGGGAGGGCAAGCUUAUGUCUCGCCACCACCAGUCCCGUAAGGAACAAUGGGCAGAGGAGCACUGGGAACAGCUGGCAGGAACGCAGAAGCAGCCAGUGUCCGCCCUGGCCCUCAGCCAUCAGCCCAGCCCAGCCAAGGCAGUGACAGCACCAGACUCCCCACUCCUCUCUGCUCAACCCUGAGUCCCCAAGAA